UCAUCAUCAUGCCUCGAGGAUUCCUGGUGAAGAGGACCCGGCGAUGUUCGGUGUCUUAUCGACCGCGAAAUAGCAUGAAGGUGGCCACGCGUGAUGAUGACCAGAACCACCGCGCGGAGACCGAGGCGAGCGAGCGCGAGCCCGCCAAGGACAACGACGUGUGGGGCGUCCCGAGCCCCGACGUCGCGCCCCCGCCGGCCCCCCGCGAGGAUUCCACCGGCGUCACCGACGUGUGGAACCUUCAACUGGAGUCCGCUCAGGAGGCGGAGGCAGAGCGACGCGCGCAGUUGCCAGACUCCCAAGUGGACCUCGUGAGCCCCGCGGGGAACUUCUCGUGCUUCUUCCCACUUGCCCCUCAAUUCGUCGUUUCCCGCAGCUCCAGACUAGUGGAACCGCACGGCGACGGACACAACAAAGCGCUAUUGACCGAGACGCGCUCGUCCUCAUCCCCGGACACCGAGUUGCCGUUUCUUGUGAGUUCAACGCCGGCGUCCAUACGAGUAGCAACCGGCAAUACGCACUUUUCGUCGUACGGUCCCAAUCCCAAAUACCAGGCCGACAUGGGUCACUUGUUCCCGCCGCUAAUUAGUCACCAACAGCACUCAGUCGCGAGAAAACGGAACAGAGCCAAAGCCAAAGGGAACCGGAAGCUUCCUUUCGAGGACGAAGUCACCACCUCUCCGGUUUUGGGGCUGCGCAUCAAGAAGGAGAGCCCAGAAACGACGAGGCGACAACAGUCGUCCGGAAGUCAGCCGCUGGGGGAGUUCAUCUGCCAAUUGUGUAAGGAGCAGUACGCCGACCCCCUGUCCCUGGCCCAGCACAAGUGCUCCCGUAUCGUACGCGUCGAGUACCGCUGCCCCGAGUGCGACAAAGUGUUCAGCUGUCCCGCCAAUCUGGCCUCGCAUCGCCGCUGGCACAAGCCGCGUCCGACUGCGGUCGCGGGCCGGCCCACGGCGGGGAGCCAGCUUCAGGUGGACGGAAAGGAGAACGAGCUGCUAACCCCCGACUCCUCCUCACCGCAGUUCCCGCACGACACCCCCGCGCCGGGUGUGCUUCUGUUCAACGGGAACUCGUACGAGCCUCGGUCGCUCGCGCGGGAGGAAGAAGAGGACGCGGAGGUGUACGACUGCCGCUACUGCGGCAAGAAGUUCCGCCGACAAGCUUACCUGAAGAAGCACAUGGCGGGGCACCAAAUGGCAACGGGAUCGCCGCCGCCGCCGCCAACUUCAAGUCGCCACGCCGUGUUCGUGUGUCACCUAUGCGGGGCCCGCUUCCCGUCGGCCGAUAUACGGGACAAGCACCGGGUGUGGCACGCCGUCAGGGACGAGCUCCUGCAAGGAGGUGCAGGUGGCGGCCGCGGGUUCAGGGCGGAGGGCUACGGCGCGGCCAGGGAGUACGAGCAGCAACUGUUAACGUGCAAACACUGCCCGGCCACCUUCGUCAGUUCUCCGGGGCUGGCGAGGCACGUGAACAAGUCUCACCCCGGAGAGAACGUCCACGUUAUCAUGCACAUGGCAGUCACUCACUGACACGACGGAUGCAACAUUAGCUACACAUAAUUUAAACGUCUCAUCCAAUUAAUAAAUGCAGUAAAUACAAUUUAAAAAAUGCUUUCGGUAAAAUGUCCGUAUUUUCAUUAACCCAGACUCCCGCGGUGGAGAACGUUUUCAAUGAAAACCAGUUCUAACGAAGUAAUCUAAAACGUCCGAAUGCAUAAAAACGACAGUCAUUGAGCGUUCGAAAUGCCCUCGCGAUGACCUCAAUCCAAUCUCAUGUAAUAGAUCCAGGCUAAUGACUGAAAUGGCAAACUUUCCUCCAAAAACAACACCCGCGUCUCAGAUAAAGGAUAGGGAGAUGGAUAAUAUUCUCCCUUUUGAUUAAAGUGGUCGCAGAGGUACUAAUUGAACGUGUUCAUUAUUUCGGUUAGUAAUUUGUAGUCGCUUGCAUCAUUUUUGCCCCAAUCAUGCAGCUAAAUAAAGUAUAAGGAAAUUAUAGACCGAUGGAUAAGGGUACGUUUAGGUAUCCCAUAAUACGCAGGUGUACGUAAUGUUUGUCUUGCGACUGUAUUUCACAAAAGUGUUGUCCAACAACUGCACAUUUGUACAACACACAUGCACUUACAAGUUCAGCACUGAACUAUCCGAGGUGCUGAAACUGUCGCAGAGGCAGAGGAAUUUCACCACGAGAUUCAUUUGAAAAUGUAAUCGUAAAAUGAAAAGUAAAACGUCUUAACUUCAUUCAUGUCUACAUAAUCAUUACUAUCAUGGAUAGGAUUUUUGUGUAAGUUUGCAGCCAAAUAGAUUUGUAUUGGAACAAUGUUUUGUUUCACCCCUAUGACAUGAUUAGACAAUAGAUAUUCAGGUUAAUUUACUUUUACUUCACAGAACUUGCGAGGCCCACACUAUUAAUGCCUGUCGAAGAUGAUUUAUAGACUUUUUCACGAUGUGUAUAUAUAUAUAUAUAAAUCUAACCUAGGAUGGAAAUAAAUGAUUACACUAUUGCUGGAAUAUGACUUUUAUAUUAUGUGCAAAUUGACUUGAGGCAUAAAAUAUUUUCAUACAGAAACGAAAAAUGAACUAAGUCCUAUAUAGUAUAAUGUCUUAAAAGGAUGUAAACUGCUGUUGAAAUAUCUGCUGAAUUUUCAAAGCUCAAUUUGUGAUUUACUGCAGUGUGUAUAUUUUGAUAUGUUUCAUGUGACAUUGUCAAUAAAUAUCAAUGUUGAAAGAGGAUGCUUUGUUUUUUUUAAGCAAUUUUAAACAGUGAAUAUUAUCAACAGUUUAUUGUCAACAUAUCCAUGCUUUUUUUUAUGUUUACUGUAGAUGUUACACAAGCAUAGACAAAGUUUGUGACAUGUGGGCGACGAGCUGCUCACAUGAUCGAUACAUGCACUUAAUAGUAUUGUACUGACAUCAUGCAGUAGCCCAUGUAUAAUGCUGCUUACAUACAGAACAUGUGCUAAAGGAUCGUUGAAAAACACGCAAUAACCUUCUACUAAAUUUCAACCGUUUUGUUAAGGUCUGCCUAAUACGGAGUCCUUUCCUAUAAAUUGAAGUUGCUGCCCCGAGGUAGGACAGUGUACAAAAAGUUGAAUGCUCAAACUAAAGUAUUUGCAUGAGUGCAUGCCAGGGUUACUUCAAUUUGUGUAAAAAUAUAUUUUGAAUAACCUAAAAUGUUUACUAAUGACAUACCUUUUAAAAUUCACAUUU